AUGAGUUUGAGUCAGCUUAUAUCCUUUGGUAACAGCUCCGCAGCGCUGUUAAACAACAUAAUUAAGUCUAAAUUAGGGUCACUAUUUAAGCCUAACCCUAACCAGGAGUACCCGUUGCCCAGUAUUCUUUCCUAUUCUGGCUGUCUCAUCCUAGUGUGCACGGCAUAUAAGUUAUACGAAAAGUACUAUGAAGGAAAAGAAGACAAGCUCGAAUUAGCCGGUACCACGGUGUUCGAUUCGCACACUGCUGAUUGGGCUAUGGAACAGAAAGUCCCGUAUGGCCAAAAUGAUAUGAGCAGUGACCAGAGUACAGCUGGGGGCAAAGAGCAUGCCGGAGAAGAAGCCGAUGAAGAUGAGAACGAGGAAGACCUGGACGAAGAAUUAGGGGACGAAUUAGGGGAUUAUUAUGAGGAACAGUAUGGAGAAACGUAUGGCGGAGAAUAUGGAGAAAUGGUUGACCAGCCUUAUGGGGAGGACUAUGGUGGUGAAUACGGCGAUGAGUACGACGAAGAAUACGUUGAGGACUACAACGAUGAAGGCGAUGAGGAGUUCAACGAUGACACGCUCUCUGAUGGAGACGACGAAGGGGUCAUUCACCAGGACGAUGAAUGGGUAUAUCCAGAGGACCAACACUGA